AUUUUGAUGUAAAUAAGCUUAUAAAUAAGAAAUUAAUUAGAAAUUCUAGUAUUACUUUUAUAUAAUAAAUUAUGGAGUUUUGGUACACAGGAUAUUAAUGGGAAAUACCUUACCUCGUCGUGCCCAUGGUCAGUACGGUGGUCCUUAUGGACCUCAAAGCCCUUUUGGACAAGGGCCACAAGGCCCUUUUGGGCAGGGACCGCAAGGACCAUUUGGGCCGGGACCGCAAGGGCCAUUGGGGCAGGGACCGCAAGGCCCUUUUGGUCAGGGACCACAAGGGCCGCAAGGACUGUUCGGCCCUGGAUAUCAGGAUACCUAUCCGCCCCCGGCUAAUGUAAGCCCUCCGCCGUACGGUCAGCCGCCUGGAAUGCCACAGGGCUUCCAAAAUGUAGGAUACCCGGGUCAAGGGCCUGGCUAUCCCGGCUAUCUCGGUCAGGGUCCUGGUUUCCCCGGACAGGGACCAGGCUUUCCCGGCCAAGGACCGGGCUACCCAGGGCAAGGGUAUCCCGGUUAUGGGCCUCAUUAUCCAGCCCAGUCUCCUGCCCAGGGUUUAACUGACAUGGCAUGCUGUGCGUCCUGCAUGGCCUGCCUCACCUGCCUUCUGUGUUCGUGCUGUCAGGGUAUGAUGGGUGGUGGAAACAACAUUGGCGAUGACGGAGGGGUAGGGGGAGAGGGAGGGCCGAUACCGGGAGCUACGGAGGUCGCGCCCCCUCCCACCAGCCCUCAGGAGGAACAUCACGAACCAUGAAUCUUAAUAUAUAUAAAUCUCGUGUCACAAUGUUUGUCCUCAAUGGACUC